CCUCCGCCCCCGCACCGCGCCCUGCACCUGCCAGACCACCGGCAGCUCCGUAUCAAAAACCCCAUAACACCCUUAAAGUCCGAAAAACCCCGUCAGAAUCACAAAGUGCAAUCCUGUCAAUUCUCACAAGUUCAGGGCCGAAGGUCGAAGACCGACACUACCUCAAUUAUACACUGGUUGACGAAAGGUCGAUUUAUUUGUGUUUUUGUGGAUAUUUUUAAUUAUUACGCGUAGACAAGGCCGUCGUUUAUUUUGCUCGCAAAUGUCUGAUCAUUCUCGUCGUGGACGCGCGUGUGUUACUCGUAUAGCUCGUGCAAGCGCGUAAAGUGCAGUUAUGGCUUCGAAGGUACUAGUGCCUGGACCCUUCGCCUCGCUUCAGAUAAAGAAAUCACCACCAGAACCGGCUGGGAGCGGUUUCUACAUUGGCAGCGGGGAUGCGACCGCGAGGAUCGCGCACCUGGAGCACAGCGUCCGCUUCCUGCAGGAGCAGCACCGGCAGAUGCUCAGCGGGUUGCACGCUGAGAUUGAAUCUUUGAGAGAGAGGAAUAGAGACUUACAAUUCCAACUGAUAUUCAACAAAGAGCCAACCAAAAACAGCGCGACCGGAGGUGACGACAAUGAAAAUCAGAUGACCAUCUUACGGCGCGAGGUAGAGAGGCUGGAACAAGAAGCGGCGGCGGCGCGAAGCGAAGCGAACACGUACGAGCGAAAAGCGAUGCACUUGCAACAGCUUGUUGAUGCACAAGCACUGAAGCUGCGCGAGUGCGAGCAGCGCGGCGCGGCGGAGGCGCGCUCGCCGCGCGAGGACGAGAGCCGCGCGGAGCUGCGCGCGCGGCUCGCGGAGGCGGAGCGGCUCGUGCGCCGGCUGCGCGGCGACGCGGAGCGGCAGCGCAGAGAGGUACUCGGGGGCGCGGGCGUCACCAACCUACUGUUCGACGGCGCGGCCGCACAACACGCGCACUUGCAGUGUAUGAAAAACUCGUUAAUAAGAGCUAGUGGGAUGGACGCGUUCGGCUUCCAAAACUUCCAGUAUCCACACAUGCACACCUCAGACUUUUGGAGGGAACCACUUAGAGAAGAAUACAGCAUGGGAUCUCGGGGCAGGAAUCACAGACGACCAAAUACGCUGCCAGAGCUCUCCGCCGUUGGACAACAGAUACGCUCUACCGUAUAUGCCAAUCAUAUGCGAGUAAGAGGGAAUCCGGAAAGAGUAAAAAAAUCGCAUACAAUCAACGGGGAAACACAGAAUGGGAAGAGUCCUGAAGAAUCGUCAGAUCACGCACGGUUAAAACCGAUAAAUAGAGAUAAUUUAGUGAAAGCGAACGAUAUUACCGUGCCCACAUAUCCCGAAUUAAAAAUUGUGGUCACUAAAAUAAUACCACACGGAAACGUAAGCACAUCAACAUCAGCUGACAGCAAGUCGAGAACGCGUCGACCGCAUCGUAAAAACGGCACAGAGCAAACAUAAUUAUCCAGCGCCAUCUGUUGACGCGAUGCUCUCACAAAUAUAGUCUCACAUUAUGUAAUUUUAACGAUAUAUUUUCAGCGUUUGCUUAUAAUAAUGCCUAAAAUGCCCGCAUUCAAGUUUUGCCGAGUAUAAUUUAUGUAUUUAAAAAGCAUGAUACUCACAUAAAACAGUGAAGUUUUUUUCUAUAUUUUACGAUAAUAUCAAAAUUGGAUAUUUGCGAAGUUUUAUUGCAGUCGUAUUAAAUAAUUUACCAGCUUUCUUUCAACGUACUUAAUUCAGUGAUGAGCAAGGACAACUUAGUAUUUUAGGGAUUUUAGACUAGAUUUUAAAGGGUUAAAAUUUACUAAUCACUUUUGAUAUUCACUGUACCGAAGGAUAAAUACAUAUAAGAUCAGAUACAUACAGUAUCAUAGGAAGAGAAUAGAGAAGAGAAAAAGAGGAGGAACGGGAAAUAUUUAAAGCGUAUACUCAACUGUUUUGAAUCUGUAAAAAAUAAAAACUGACUCAGUUGUGUAAUGCAGGUCGAACGUUAUUUUUGUAAAACAUUUGUAGUUUUUUUUUUAUAAUGCGAUAAGUUGUACAUGUUAUUCCUUCAAGCAUAAAAAAAUAUGUGUAGUUUAUGUCAAAUUUGUAGGCUGUGAGACUACUUUCGUACCUAAUUGUUUUAUACGUGGAAUUUAAUUUAACCAUAAAUAUGAAUACACGUUCAACCAUAUAACGCAUUAUCAUGGUUCAUUUAAUUUUAACUUUAUAACUUAAAUAUAGUAAUAAAUAUUUUAAUGGGUUAAAAAGGUUUUAUAGACGUACUAACGUAACAGUCUAGUGAUUUCAGUCAAUUGCCAGCUCGGUAGGUAUGUUAUUGGAGUUUUACUUAGAUAAUAAUAAUGAUGAUAAACUAUUGUUAAAACAUACAAAAAAAUGGUUAUUAGACUGAAUUAAAAUGAUGUACAAUGGCGCCAAAAGUGUAGAAUCUGAUUUGACUUCGAAGAGACUAUUCAAAAAGUUAAAUAUGAACUACUUUCAAAUGAAAAAAUAUAUGAAAACACGCGUCUGCUCGAACAGUCUCUCAAAAAAAAGUGGAAUGAGUAAACUGUGAUUUAAAUAAUUGUGCCUCGAGACAAACACGUCUGGCUAUAACUGUCAUCACCGCAAAAUAAUAUUAUUAUAUAAGUGUCGUAUCUUCCUUUAUUAUUUUUCUAAAUAUGCGCAAUCUAUAAGGUGUAUAUUAUAUAUAUAUAUAUAUAUAUAUAUAUAUAUAUAUAUGAGGUAGUCACAUUAUGUGUUGCGACGUUCCGACUUUUACUUAUUAUAUGCAAAUAAACGUGCACCAUAAAGUGCUCAACUCUUAAUAAAAUGUAAGAGAAAAUAUGUAUCCAUUCCAAUUUAGGAUAAUUGCUAGUACUGCCAUUUAGACGUUUUAAUAAACAUUUUCAUAUUAAAGAUGUCGAUAUUAUGUAUUGAAUAGGUAGAAACUGCGAAUAUAGCACGAUUACUAUGCGGAUGUAAUCUUUGAUUCUUAAGGAAUUCAAACUCAACUUUCUACCAGCGUUGCCACCUAAGACCAUUAGUUUAUACGUGAUUACACACGUAUAUUAAUUUUUAGCCCUUUUUAGCGUGCCGAGUUGCCUUUAUUAGAAAAACAGAGUGGCAACACUGCUUUCGUCAAAGUUAUGAUUUUUUAUUUAUAUAUUUUUAUGUGUUUUAGAAACAAUUUUUUUGAUUUCUGGAUAUAGGUAAUGCAUCCCUUGUUGUCGGUUGUAAGAAAGUUAUAAUUCUCAUGGAAGUUUUUACCCACGUCAUCAGCAGAAUAAAUGCAAUCGUACUAUAUUUGCCUCGGUAUGCAUUAGAGAUGAUUAUUCGAUAGGUGUACGUAGCUGAAGUGAUACAAAUAAAAAUACAAGUCUUCUUUUAGGGACGAUUCACACUUGUCGGAACGCGAUCGAUCUGUCUUCAAUCUAGAUGGAAUAGAGUAAUUCAAAGAGUUGUUUUAUGUAAUAUGCAAAUCAUCUACGCCAUGCACUAUUCUAUUGUAUGCUUCAGAUUUUAUUUUAAUGUCCUGAUGUCCAAGUUUUGUGUUUAGUUUUAUGUAUCCUGGGAGUUCCUGCAUUCACGCGUUCAGUCAAUUGACAAUCAUCCCUUCACUCACGAUAUAAAUUUAAAUAUGCACAGAUAUAUAAAACAGAUUUAUAAAUUUGAACUAAUAACUUUUAUAUAAAUUUACUUCCAACACAUUUGUGAUGCAGCCUCUUAAGUUAUAAGUCAUCAGACAAUGUAUAGUAUAUUUAUAUGCAUAACUCUUGCACAUAGGUCGUCUUAAGAAUCUAGUAUUAGAUAAAUAAUUCUGUUUUUAUCAAUCUAUCCACUAUUUUGAUCGAAUGAUUAGAUGACAGCAUAAAUAAUCUAAUAAUAUUAUGUAUUACACUCUCAAGGAUAUUAACAAUAAUACGAUAAUUAGUGCGAUAAAACCUAAGUUGCUCUACGACUUAUGUGCAAAGUCCCUCUUAGCUGCAUUUGUGAGAGUGUUGACGUAGUAAUGCUAUCGUGUAGCCUUAUCAUAAUCUAAUUAUAUUAUAAACAAUUACUUAUAUUAUGGAUGAAUUAUAUUUAUUGCCCAAAUUUGUGUUUUAUUAUUACU